AUGGUCGGCUAUGAUUGGUACACCUGCCAGACCAGUGGCUUCCUGGGUGGUAUCACCACCACCCUACAGAGUGGUUUGGAGACCGCUAGUGCCUAUUACCAGACUUUUCCUGGCGAUGUGGUCCCCAUCCAGGGCUUCAGCGUCUCGGUGGGUGACAACAUCACGAUAAGCACCACCGGGACGAACACGACGUCGAGCACGGUGGUCUUUAUCAACCAGAGCACGAACCAGACCGUCUCCCAGGCCGUCAAUUCCGGCCCUCUAUGUGACCUCUUGGUGGGGGAUUCGGACCAGCCGUCCCCCUUUGCCGACUUUGGCACGGUCAACCUCACUGGUGCGUCUGCCGAGACCCCGUCAGGUCCCGUCGGCCUCUCUGGCGCGACCACUCUCGAGAUACAGCAGAACGACACCGUUCUUGCUUCCGUCUUGGUCUCGAACUCGAGCCUUAAUAUCGCCUAUCUCCAAUGCUGCAGAAAGGAUGUACAUUUUGUAGGCCUCGUGAAGUGGGAGGGAGAUGGCGUAUGA